GUCAGACUCCAGACACACCAUCCCAGUGACCUGAUCCUGACCUGUAGAAGCUUGACCCUGGUAUUGACUCAUAUCUGCAAUGGGGGAAAAAUCAUAUUCCGCAGGGAAAAUGUAAAAGGAAGGUUAUCUCUGUAUUUUUCCCCACAAAUAAGAUAAUGCAAAGAGGAUGGUUUAAAGAAGACAUUAUUUUUUACAUUAAAAGCAAAUGCUGUCAAAUGGGGAACCAUUCUCUCCAAGCACUUGUGCGUUUUCCAUCCGAUGGCGAUGAGAUUGCGUGCACUGUCAAAAUUGCGAACAUAGUUAGAACAGGCCAUUCAUUUUCUAAAUAACAAACUUUGCUCACCUGUUGUCCUGCCAGGCAAUGCACUAGUCCCGAGAAAAUGAAACAUCGAACGUAUCAGACUGUACAAUACCGUUGGUCGGCUCUUUUAUUUUUUAACCAAGGAGUCGUUCGCGCGUGCAUCCCAGUCUUGUCACCGCGCUGAUGGUCCCGAGACGUCGGAGACCUUUUCUACCCACAGCAGCACCAAGAGCCAAACCAACCUGAACUCGUUUUAUCCAAGGGAAAUAACAUAGCUAUAUAAUCCAUACAGUCAUACCCCACACCUCCUCAGCACUACACCGCUGAUUCAAAUAACCAGAGUUGGUUGCACCAAGUAUGGGCCCAAGGACCGAGUUUGGGAAACUCUGUCAUAGCCCACUGAAUAUUGUAGCCUACUGGAUUUUAAGCUUAUCAGUCCGUGCACAACCAUACAUGUAAAUUCCAAAUAAAUUUAAUUUACGUGGGAUAUGCCUAGUAGAUUAGGAAAAUAAGGAGUCAAUAUGGAUGAGGGAGUAAUUAUAACUACUACACAAGAUAGAUAUGUAUUGUGCAGUAGUAGCCAAAUUAGCGGUCAUGUAUGCAAUAACCACUAAUCACAUACCAUAUAUAGGAGUUACAAAAUCAAUUGUGUGGCCUAAUAUCUACCAUGACCACAAGAAGUCGCCAUUUUCAACACAAAAAUCAACCUUUGUCUAUUUUGUCUGGUACGUUUCAGGAAAAAAACGAUUCCCAAAACGUUUUAUGAAUGAACAGAGGCGGGGCGAUAAAUUCAUGACGCACACUUCAGUGAGUGUAGCUGCACCCGCGUUGACAGCGUAAAUAUCAGUCCCGAGCAGAGAGAGCGAGCGCGUCAGAUCUUUAACAACUUCUGCGCGCGAAUAUUCAGACGUUGAAUUCUUCAAGUGGAGAAAGACACAGACAGGAGUUGGUCGUGGCCAUGGAGUUGAAUUCAGUGCUUUUGACGGCGGGUGGCUCUAUUGGAUUUUUUAAACUUGUCAAUUGUGGUGUCAGUAAACUCCCUAUACCCGAGUCUGCGUGCAGAAACGCCUGGAAAUGGAGAAAUGUAUGCACAUCUUUGACACACAGUCUGAUAACUGGGAUAUGGGCUGUACUGUGCUUUUUCGUACACCCACAGAUGGCCGAAGAUUUGAUAGGAACCCAUUCUGUGUUCUCGCAUGCGUUGGUUUCUGUAUCAAUCGGUUACUUCAUCUAUGACUUCCUUGAUAUGGUGCUCAACCAGAAGAUGAUCCUGUCAUGGGAGCUCCUAUUCCAUCACACAGUGGUGAUCAGCUGUUUUGGCAUCGCCGUCCUGACCGGCCGCUACGUUGGCUUUGCUGUGGUGGCCCUCCUGGUUGAGAUCAACUCUGUGUUCCUCCACCUGCGCCAGAUCUUACGCAUGGCCAGCCUAGCAGCGGGCGACCUCUACCGCAUCAACAGCAUGGUCAACCUAGGUACCUACGUGGUGUUCCGGAUCAACACCCUCGCCUGGAUGACCCGCUGGCUGGUCCUGAACCGGGACAACGUCCCCCUGUUCAGCUACACAGCUGGGAGUGUAGGGCUUGCCGUCAUGACCGCCAUGAAUAUAGUCCUCUUCUACCGCCUGCUGAGGUCUGACUUCCUCAAGAGUAGUGCACCCAUGCCCACAGAGGUUAAAGAGAGUAGAGGGCAAGGAGAGGGAAAGAAGGAGACGUAGUGUGGGAUAAUCUCUCUCCUGUUUUGGGGUACAGGCAUUUACAAUUCACACAAGUCCAUUGAAUGAUAGCCAAAAAUACACGUAUGUAUAAAAUAUACAAUUCUACUAUUCAUUACAUUUGAUGUUUUACAGUGCAUUCGGAAAGUAUACAGAACCCUUGACUUUCGCCACAUUUUGAUACGUUACAAUCAUAUUCUAAAAUGGAUUACAUUUUUUCCUUAUCAAUCUACACACAAUACCCCAUUUGACAAAGCCAAAACAGGUUUAGUCAUUUUUGCAAAUUAAUUUGAAGAAAAAAAAACGGAAAUAUCACAUUCACGUAAGUAUUCAGACCCUUUACUCAGCACUUUGUUGAAGCACCUUUGGCAGCGAUAACAACCUUGAGUCUUCUUGGGUAUGACGCUGCAAGCUUGGCCCACCUAUAUUUGGGGAGUUUCUCCCAUUCUUCUCUGCAGAUCCUUUCAAGCUCUGUCAGGUUGGAUGGGGAGCAUUGCUGCACAGCUAUUUUCAGGUCUCUCCAGAGAUGUUCGAUUGGGUUCUAGUCUGGGCUUUAGCUGGGCCACUCAAGGACAUUCAGUGACUUGUCCCGAAGCCACUCUUGCCUAUGUGCUUAGGGUUUUUGUCCUGUUUUCAUCUUUGUCAGGUUUUCAUCAAGGAUCUCUCUGUACUUUGCUCCAUUCAUCUUUCCCUCGAUCCUGACUAGUCUCCCAGUACCUGCCGCUGAAAAACAUCCCCACAGCAUGAUGCUGCCACCACAUGCUUCACCGUAGGGAUGGUGCCAGGAUUCCUCCAGACGUGAUGCUUGGCGUUCAGGCCAAAGUGUUCAAUCUUUGUUUCAUCAGACCAGAGAAUCUUGUUUUUCAUGGUCUGAGAGUCCUUUAAGUGCCUUUUGGCAAACUCCAAACAUGCUGUCAUGUGCCACCAAGAGUCUUGGUAGUUCCAAACUUCUUCCAUCAAUUUUAGAAUAAGAAUGUAACCUAACAAAAUGUGGAAAAAGUCAAGACAUUUGAAAUUAUACAUAUGAAAUGUCUUACAAGUUGAGGUGCAAAUCCCAUAGCUCUGACAAAGAAAAAAUAUAUAUAUAAAAAUAUACAUACUACAGGGAAUUAUUGAAUCCAAACCUGUGUCUUCUUAAACAUGAUUAACACUAGCACUAAGAAUUGAAGACGUUUAUUGGCCAAUUCUUAUAUAAACUAAACACUUUCUACCUCAAAAGUCUGUAGCAGCUGCAUCUGUUCCCAACGUGAGCUUUGCUAUCUAUGUUGUAAGGGUUCAGCUGUCUUGUUGCCAAUUACAAACCGGUAAAAAGGAAAUUGGCCUUUUUAUUUGAAGGUUGAUGAACUUGACUAGUUGUUCUGUUGUUGAAGUCUUUAAUGUUUCAACCAGAAGAAUAAUAAAUCAUCCAAAUUAAGAAUAGAAGUGGCACGUUGGUAUUCAUCAAAACUGUUUGGUUGCUAACCAAACCACAAGGCUGACUUCAGAUUGGGUUUCUCUCUCUCUCUCACACACACACACACACACACACACACACACACACACACACACACACACACACACACACACACACACACACACACACACACAGAGGCAACAGCUGCUAUGUUAGUCCAUUUGGAGAUUGCUUUUUAAGUCUAGAGUGUACCUAUCAAUUCUAGGUCCACACAUUCACCUUGACAACCAAGAGAGAAAGCUCUUCCCACGCCCACCAGCUAAUGACAUCACUAAUGACAUCCAGCCCCACAGGCCAUUAGGCUGGCGUCUGAUGACUCACAUGGGGUGGUGGUCAUUGAAGUGUCAUUACAGAUUUGGCCUGAAGGAGGCAGCAUUCUCCAUAGAUUCAUAAUCUAGGUCCGGGGUUGGGUUCCUUACAGUCUCUAAGGAAGGAUAUGGGACAGGUGAACUAAUCCUGGAUUUGUGCCUAAAAGGGCAACUUCAACCUAGAGCUCCAGUCCUGAUUGAUAUCACACUUUCCCACCAGCUAACACACCUGACUCCAGUAAUCACCUAAUCAUGGGCCUCCCGAGUGGCGCAGUGGUCUAAGGCAUUGCAGUGCUAGCUGUGCCACUAGAGAUCCUGGUUUGAGUCCAGGCUCUGGCUGCGACCUGGAGACCCAUGGGGCGGUGCACAAUUGACCCAGCGUCGUCCGGGUUUGGGGAGGGUUUGGCUGGCAGGGAUCUCCUUGUCCCAUUGCGCUCUAGCGACUUCUGUGCCGUGCGCAUGCAUGCUGACACAGUCGCCAGGUGUACGGUGUUUCCUCCGACACAUUUGUGUGUCUGGCUUCCGGGUUAAGCGGGCAUUGUGUCAAGAAGCAUUGCGGCUUGGUUGGGUUCUGUUUCGGAGGAUGCACGCCUCUCCCGAGUCCAUACAGGAGUUGCAGUGAUGGGACAAGAAAUUGGGGAGAAAAAGGCAACAAAAUAUAUAUAUAUAUAUACAAAAAAAUAAUUAGAAUCACCUAAUCAUGAUCUUCAGUUUAGAAUGAAAUUUAAUCAGCUGUGUUUGUUAGGGAUGGGAAAGUGUGGCACCAAAGUGUGGUAUUGUUGCGCUGAAGAUUUUUUAACAAGAUGUAUUUCUAUGUUUUGUUCCAGUUUUUAUUUAAUUAAAUGUUUUUAUAUUUGUAAUUUAUUUGUACUCUAAAAAAAUGUGGAUUAAUUGUCAAGGGUGAAUAAAAGUAUAAAUAUGGUUAAUGAACACAGUUAACCCUUUGAAUAAUAUUGUUUAUACCUUCAGAAGAAUUGUUGGUUAUGUUGGAGAUAUAUGGAUUGCUAGCUACAGUAUGUGGUGUAUAAGCUGUUGGGCAUUGUGGUGUUUCUGUAACCAGUGAGGUGUUCUGCCUGUUUCCCUGAGUCUAGAACAUCCAUGAGGGUCUUUUGGAAAGAGACUUUAUUCUUUUUUGCUUUUUGCUUAUUUUGCUCUCUGACUAAAUACAUCCACUAUUGCAGGGGUGGGCAGUCUUACCCUGCAAGGGCUGAUGUGGGUGCAAGUUUCAGUUACAUCCAAGCAGUAAUUCUAUUUGACCAAUUCAUGAUGGAAUAGUAUGAUGAGAAUAGCAAAAUGAGAUGACCCUACCAAUGGCAACACACUGCUAUACUGUACCGCUAUCGACAAUGAAAAUACACUAAUGAUGUUUGAUAUGGAGCUAAUUAACAAAGAAUAAUUAACAAGCUUGCUUCAGCUGCUUGAAUAGACCUCCCUAACAACAGAGAGUCAAUGAAGGGCUGAAGAUUUGUCUAUAAAAACAGUCAUUUGUUUCCAUUCAAAAGUUGCCUUUUUUCGCCAUUAUAAUUGUAAAGUACCAUUGUGGCCUAGAUGGUUGUUAAGUGUCUGUAUAUUGUUGUAGUCUUUUGUAACUUUGGUAAUAAAGGAUACGACAAUA